GGCGGCGGGGCCCAGCGGAUGGUCGGGGUGCUGGGGGGGAGGGUGCGCCGGGGGCGGCCGCGAUCGCUCUCGUCCUCCCGCGGGCCCCACUCGCUGCGUGCCCCCCGGCCUGCAAAGAGCGGCGAGGGCGGCCUGUGAAGUGACGGGGAGGGCCCCGUCCUUCGGGGAGAGCGUAGGUCCCGGCUGGGCUCCCCCUGCGCUCGCAAGGGCGAGCGGGCGGAGGCGUCCAGAGGCGGCUCGUCUCCUCAGUUAUACCUCCGUUUGUCAGGCGCUUAAAGCCUCAAAGUAGCUACUUAGCGCUUUGUAACGAGUAAUUACUGCUUUAAUGCCCAGGGAAUUAACGCUCACGGUCCCAGCCCUGCGGGCGAGGUGAGGCAGCGCUGCGUUACUGUUCCUCGGGCGUGGUCUCCCGGCAGGACGCCGCGCUGAGGAGGAGGAUGGCUUCGUGGGCUCGGCAGCUCUCCCGCUGGCGUUGCCUGCUGCAAACGGCCCGCGCUGCGGACUUCCCCCGGAGGCUCAGCGGCAGCAGGAGCGCACAGGCGCGCCGCAGGCUCGCCCCUCCGGCUCUGCUGCCCUCUAGAAAUGACGUUCUUCCGUGGAGAUCGCAGGCUUGCAGGCGGGUGUCUGCAGGGAGCUGUUCUCCGCCUGGCGGUGCCGAGGAUGGAUCCUUUUCUUCUCCCGAAAGUAACUUGCCCUCACCAGUAAAACAGGAACAACCAAAAGCAGAAACAUUACCUAACCUGAACGCAAAAAUACUGUAUGAAGACUGGGAUGAUAUCCCACCUUCGUCUGCUUUGGAGGAGAUUUCUGAGGAAGAAGCCGUACAGAUCAUUGCAGAACCACUUCUUCCCCUUCAAUCUUCCACACUCCGAGAUUACGUUGAUCACUCAGAAACCCUGGCAAAACUUGUCCACCUAGGAGUUGACUUAUCCGAGGUGGAGAAACGUCAAAAGGCAGGUCAACUCUUACUGACCUUGGACUUUGAAAAAGAUAUAAGAAAAAUACUUCUGUUUCUUAAGGAUGUGGGUGUAGAAGACAACCAGCUGGGACCGUUCCUGACCAAAAAUCCAUACAUUCUUGCUGAAGAUCUGGAAGCUUUAGAAACCAGAGUGGCUUACCUAAAAUCAAAAAAAUUUGGUAAGGCAGAAAUUGCUCAGAUGGUCUCAAGAGCUCCAUAUUUGCUGCUGUUUUCAGUGGAAAGACUGGAUAACAGACUGGGUUUCUUCAAAAACGAACUUGGCCUCAGUGUAAAAAAGGUUUUCCAGAUUGAACUUGGUUUUCAACGUAAUGAAAUUCAACAGAUCGUGUUUAAAACCCCCAAGAUUUUAACUGCAAGUAAAAAGAGCCUCAGACAGACAUUUGACUACUUACACAACAUAAUGGGCAUUCCCCACAACAUGCUUACUCACUUUCCUCAGGUUUUCAACUCAAAGCUAUUACGAAUCAGAGAGAGACAUAUGUUUCUUACAUUCUUGGGAAGAGCCCAGUAUGACCCAGCACAGCCCAGCUACAUCUCUCUGGACCAGCUAGUAUCCUUGCCCGAUGAGGUGUUUUGUACAGUGGUUGCCAAAGCUUCUAUGCAGGACUUUGAAAAAUUCUUAAAAACACUUUAAUUAGUAACACAUGUAAAAAGGAAUAGAAUAAAGUUAUGAAGUAAACAUUUUAUAAAACUA